UGAAAUGGAGGAAUGGAUUUUGACUUUCACCUUUAAUAAUACUAGCUUAUAACCGGCUCGUUGGCCGAAAUGUUCAUAUUUAAAUUCUCUGGACUAUUAUGCAUGGACGUUGCCAUGCCUGAGCUGAGGACAGUACAUAAGCACAACCAAGAUGAAAAUGAUGAAAGACCACUUGCUUCUUCUGAGGAUUUCUCAUGUGGUAAGGGAGUUACUGAUGGCAGUCUUGCUGUUGGUGAUGCAGUGGUCUCUAGUCACACAGGUUGGUCCGCACUAGAUAAUGAUGAUAAGGAGAAAGAUGCUGCAUCUGUUAUUGACUGUAUUAGGAGAGAUGAAUUCGGUCUAGAUCCAAAUCUUUCAAUUAUAGAGAGUGACAUGUUGAGAAAACAGCAUGCUCGCUUAGGAAGAGCACUUCACUGCCUAUCACAGGAACUGUAUUCCCAAGACUCCCAUUUUCUUCUUGAGCUGGUUCAAAAUGCUGACGAUAAUACUUACCCUGACAACAUGGAACCAACCCUUGUGUUCAUCCUUCAGGAAUCGGGUAUUGUUGUCUUGAACAAUGAGUGUGGCUUUUCUGCUCAAAACAUCAGAGCCCUAUGUGAUGUCGGUAAUUCAACCAAGAAAGUAUCUGGUGCUGGCUACAUAGGGCAAAAGGGGAUUGGCUUCAAGUCAGUCUUUCGGGUUACAGAUGCGCCUGAGAUCCAUUCCAAUGGUUUCCAUGUUAAAUUUGAUAUAAGUGGUGGACAAAUAGGCUUUGUUUUACCUACAAUCGUGCCUCCUUGCAAUGUUGAUUUCUAUAGCAGGCUAGUUUCUGGAGACAGUGAACGCUGGAACACUUGUAUCAUGCUUCCGUUUCGGUCAAAAGUAUCUGAAGAAACCACUAUGAGAAUGUUUUUGGAUCUUCAUCCUUCCUUACUACUUUUUCUUCACCGCCUCCAGUGCAUCACAUUCCGUAACAUGCUCAACGACUCACUUGUCAUUAUGAGAAAAGAAAUCGUAGGAGAUGGUAUAGUAAAUGUUACAUGGGGAGGAGAUAAAAUGACCUGGCUCGUAGCAUCUCAGAAGCUGCAGGCUCAUUCCAGCCGACCUAAAGUACACGCAACUCAAAUUUCUGUAGCAUUUACUCUCAAAGAGUCGGGCAAUAGGGACUAUACCCCUUGUUUGGAUCAACAGCCAGUUUUUGCUUUUCUCCCCUUAAGAGGUUAUGGACUGAAAUUUAUUCUCCAAGGUGAUUUUAUUCUCACUUCGUCUAGAGAGGAAGUGGAUAGGAACAAUCCUUGGAACGAGUGGUUAUUGGCAAGCUUCCCUGCAUUAUUUGUCUCUGCAGAGAAAUCAUUUUGUUCCCUCUCUUGUUUUAGGGAGAAACCAGGCAAAGCUGUGACUGCUUAUAUGGGUUUUGUUCCACUUGUUGGAGAGGUGCAUGGGUUCUUUUCAGGGCUCCCUAGGGCAAUAGCUCUGGAGUUAAGGAGGACACCCUGCCUGUUCCUUGAGGGAGACAAGUCGAAGAUGGUUUUGCCUGGCAAGGUUCUCAGAGGUUGGAGUGAAGAAGCUCGCAUUCUUCUACCCGAGGUUUUGCUGCAAGAGCACCUUGGCCUUGGAUUCUUAGACCAGAACAUAGAAUUAUCUGACUCGAUGGCAAGUUCUUUGGGUAUUAUCGAAUAUGGACCUGAACUUCUGAUUAGAUUCCUGACGUGCUUAUGCCGCACAGGAAAUGGACUGCAGUCCAUGGGCUUGGGGUGGUUCUCCUUACUGGUAGAUGCUCUCUAUCAAAUGUUACCAAAUUCUUUUGCGGGAGCUGGUCUUUUGGACAGCCUUCGGACUCUUCCGUUUAUUCCUCUGUCAGAUGGUACAUACAGCUGCAGUGACACAGGCACUAUAUGGUUGCAUUCUGAUGUUUUGAGUGCAGGCAAUGGGUUUGAGGCUUUUCCAAAGUUGUAUGCUGAGCUUCGGAUUGUAAAUCCUGUCGUCCUUUCAGCAUCAGCUGCUGAUGGAGCUUCUUCACAAAAUGUUGUGAGAAUGCUUCAAAAACUUGGCGUCCAACCUUUGUCUGCCCAUGAAAUCGUGAAGGUGCAUAUUAUAAAUGCUAUGUCUGAUUUAAGUAGGGACAGACACUCAAUGAUAGACUAUCUUUGUUUUGUGAUGAUCCACAUGCAAUCAAACUGCCAUAUAUGUCAUGGUGAAAGGAAGUCAAUUAUGUCUGAUUUGAGGGGUAAGGCGUAUCUUCUGACAAAUAAUGGAUAUAAACGGCCAGGUGACAACCCAAUUCAUUUUAGUAGUGAGUUUGGAAAUCCUAUUGAUGGAACGAAAUUUAUUAAUGUUCUGGGGAUGGAAUGGCAUGAAGUUGAUGUUGCCUAUUUGACGCAUCCUUCAAAUGGGUCACUUUCUGAUGCGCUUACAAAAUGGAGGGAGUUUCUCAUGGAGGUUGGGAUUACAGACUUUGUUCAAGUUAGUCAAACAGAAAGGAAAUUUGCUGAUUUAUCUUGUGCAACAAAUAAAGCAUUGAUGUGGGAUAUGAAGCUGAUUUCUCCAGAGUCUAUUGCCAAAGAUUGGGAAUCAAAGGAACUGGUGCAGCUACUGUUUCUUUCCUCAACCAAUGGUGAUGCACAGUGCUGUGAAUAUCUCCUAGAGGUUCUUGAUAAACUAUGGGAUGAUAGCUUCAGUGAUAAAGUAAUUGGUUACUGCAAUGGUAAACCUGGUGAUGAUUCUAGAUCUUUCAAGUCUUCCUUUAUAAGCACCCUCCAUGAUGCUCGGUGGGUUAUCUCGAGCAUGGAUAAUGAGCGUCACUACCCUAAGGACAUCUUCUGUGAUUGUGACGCCGUACGGUCAAUUUUGGGCCCAUUUGCGCCUUAUGCUAUUCCAAAGGUAAAAAGUAGUAAGUUACUGGCAGAUAUUGGCUUUAAGACCAAAGUCGCUCUGGAUGAUGCAUUGGAAGCUGUAGCAGUAUGGAGAAGACUAAAUACCCCUUUCAAGGCCAGCAUAGCACAAAUGUCCCGGUUCUACGAAUUUCUCUCUGAAGAAUUGGUCAUCUCUAAGAAGAAUAUUCAAGAGGCAUUUGGCUCUGAGCCCUUUAUUUUUGUUCCCUCCAAAACUGCAUUAAGGAAUGGCAAUCUGGUGUCAGGUGCCUUUUUACGUCCUGAAGACGUUUAUUGGGAUGAUCCAACAGGCUCUUUUCACGAAAUGAUGCUCCACCAUCAACGGAGCUCAACGUUGCUGACUCAUGAUCCAUUGAAUAAGGCGCUAUGUAAUGUUUAUCCAGGCCUUCAUGAAUUUUUUGUCAGCCACAGUAGUGUAUGUGAAAGCCCUUCUCUGCGUGGCUAUCUUGAUAUCUUGAGGCAAUUAUCAACUCUUGCCCCACCUUCUGAAGUUGCUAGUGCAGUUUUUAAAGUAUUCUCGAAGUGGAACAGUGAAUUGAAAUCUGGUUUAUUAAGCUCUGAGGAUCUGAAUCACUUGAAAGAAUGUCUCGCGAAACUUGAAUAUGCUAUACUUCCUACUGCACCGGAUAAGUGGAUGUCCCUGCAUCCUUCUUUUGGUCUUGUGUGCUGGUGUGAUAAUACAGAGCUAAGCAGAGACUUCCAACAUCUGGACAAUAUCAAUUUCUUGUACUUUGAUACUCUGAAGGACAACGACCAGGAGAUACUUCGUGAUCAAGUCUCUCAACUCUUUAAAGAAUUGGGGAUACGUGCUCUCUCAGAGGUUGUAACUCGCGAGGCAAUAUACUUCGGUCCAUCAGACUCUAACUUCAAAGCUUCACUGGUUGAUUGGGCCCUUCCUUAUGCUCAGCGCUACAUGCAUAGCAGCCACGCCACGAAAUAUGCCCACCUCAAGCAAAAUGGCUUUGAAACUGUAAAGAAGCUACAAAUUGUUGUGGUUGAGAAGCUAUCUUACAGAAAUGUCAUAAGAAGUAGUGGCAAAUCAUCUCGGAGCCGAUAUGAGUGCAGUUGUCUUCUACAGGAUGAAACCCUGUACUCCACAGCGGCAACAGAUCCGCAUGAAUUAUUCCUUGAGCUUUCUCGUUUAUUCUUCAAUGGAACUCCAGAUCUACACCUGGCAAAUUUUCUUCACAUGGUCGUUACCAUGGCUGAAUCUGGAUCUACAAAGGAACAAACAGAGUUUUUCAUCAUGAACAGCCAGAAGAUACCUAAGCUGCCUGAUGAAGAAGUUCCCUGGUCACUAUCCUCGGCUCCUGCUUCAAUAGGAAGCUGUGAAUCCCUGACAACGGAUAUUGUUUCUACGUCAAUGGAUGGUGGGGAAAAAUGCUUGGUACCGGGUGAGGUUUCAGCAAUAGAAACUGGAUCAAAAUCAUCGAAGUACCAGAUGGAACAUGGAUUCAGAUUGAACUGGCCUCCUACAGGUUGGAAAACUGCACCUCGUUUCCAUCCUCAUGACUUUGAAAUUCACGCGUCUACAUCUAAUGGUUUAGGAAAGGAGCCGCUUGAUAAUGGCACGACACAGAUGGAAGGUGUAAAUAAUGAGGAUCCUGGAACAUUGACUUACCCUGGCUGCAAACCGACGGACAAUCAUAUUGACAUUGCCCGAGAACAAACCUGUUCUGUAUAUGGGACAGUUUAUCCUACAAGCUUUAACAUCAUGCCUAAUCGCCCUGAGGCAUUGAUGUCACUUGGAUUUCCCCAGAGAGAGAAGUUUAAUAUAACUGCAGGCGGUGAUGAUGAGCGUGCAGCAGCGAGCGGGAGAUUGGGUGAGGAACUUGCUUUCAGAUACUUGAAAGGCAUAUACGGGGAAGAAGCUGUGAGGUGGGUCAAUGAACAUAGCGAGACCAGGUUACCCUAUGAUAUACUAACUGUCGGUGAGGAGCACGGUGGACAAUAUUUUGAAGUGAAAGCCACACAGUCUGCGCAUAAAGACUGGUUUUACAUAUCAGCAUUUGAAUGGCAAUUUGCUGUUGAGAAAGGUGAUGCUUAUACCAUUGUUCAUGUGAGGAAUCACACUGCAGAGGUUCGUUUGUUCAGGAAUCCGGUGAAACAAUGCCAGCAACGAAAUCUCCAGUUGCUUGUUGUGAUGCCAAGUGCCAACCCAAUAGCCUUAGGUGGGACUUUUCCCGCACAUCUUAUGAACUGAAAUGGUCCAUUGUUCACUGUGGUUGCUUGGCUUCUACAAAGGGAGACUCACUCAAACCUCUGGGUGCACACCCGGCAAGGAUCAAGGGGAUCUCGUUGUUACAUGGCUCAGACCGGAGCAACGUGCCACCAGAUGUUCAACAUGCAGUCUCGAAAUCGGCAAUGAGUGUUCAGAAGUUGUCAUUGUAUACUCCCACGGGUCAGAAUGUGUUGAAACGCAAGUUCUUUGUUCUUGAAUGUGAUGGUGUCACUAUUUUCUUGAAUGUAGUUUUCUUUGUUUCUAUGUAUGGAAGAAAUAUUUUCGUGUUAUAGAAAUGACAAUAAAAUAGUGAAUAUGAUGUAACUUAUAUUCUAGCAAAUAAAAAAGUUUGUUUCUCCGAAAUAUUUUGUAUACGAAAACAUAUCUUGGAUGCUCUUCCUGGGGAUGCAAACUAGUUCAUCUAGCAAGACGCUUAUUCAGAAUUUGAGAAAGAAGUGAAAGCACUCUCAAGCUCCUGCGCCCCUUUCUCGAUUGGCACUUUCGUACUAUUCCAAAUUCUCAUCAGGGA